CCUCGUUGCUGAGCACCCUGGUCUAGUGAGCAAAAUGAACAUUGUCUAUUCUUUCAAAAACCGGCCCAUGAACGAGCUCAAGUUCAGCACGGGAGGAGACAAGCUGGCUAUCUGGCUAGAGGCUGGGAUCCAUGCCGGGACCAAGUUUUCAGGAUUAAUGUCAGAAAUGGAGAUGAGAUCAGCAAACUAAGUCAGCUAGUGAAUUCAGACAACUUUAAGCUCAACUUCUGGAAAUCUCCCUCUACCUUUGAUUGCCUGUGGAUGUCGUGUUCCCUUCUGUCAGUCUGCAGCCAGUCAAAUCCUUCCUGAAGUCCCAGGGCUUAGAGUACUUGGUGACUGUUGAAGACCUGCAGGUGGAUAGGCCAAGGUCCCUCACUGGUCUCACAUAGGACCAAGCAGCCAGAGUGGACUUGAGACAUUUUCAAGUUCUGGUCUUAUUCUUCUCCAUUUAAAAGAUGAAGACAUUGAAGUAUAUGGAAGUAAAGUGCAGUGACUUGUUAGAGGAACAUGUUGUACUAGAAAGGGCAUACAUGGGUUAGGAAACCAGCCAGAUCUGGAUCCAAAUCCUGAUUUUGCUAACUGCUAGCUGUGUGACUUUGGACAAGCUGUUAACCUCUUGAGACUCUGUUUCUUCAUCGGUAAAACGGCCCUUUUAGAUAAUGAAGAUGAGGAAAUGCAGUACAAUGAAGGUCAAGAACGGAGCAGUAAUAACUUCAACUAUGGAGCCUAUCAUUCCCUGGAAGCUGAGAGGGAGCCAGUGACAACCCUUGUUCCGAAGUAUACCAUGGAGCCCACGCCAGUUCAGAAGUGGAGGUGAAACUGGUGGUAGAUUUCAUCCAGGAACGUGGGAAUUUCACAUGCUUCAUCGACCUGCACAGCUACGCACAGCUGCUGACGUAUCCAUGUGGGUACAUGGUCAAAAAGGCCCCGGAUGCUGAUGAGCUGUGUGCCAUCAGACCUACUGGGAAUAGGAAGAAGAUGAUGCCUCUUAUUUCUGAGUUUGCUGAUGAGGUGGCAAGGUGUGUAGCCAAAGCUCUGGCUUCCCUGUCGGACCCUGAGUACCAAGUGUGUCCUACCUGCACCACUGUCUGAGGAAGAUCAAGAACUCUAGGGUUGAGAGACCUCUAUCUACUCUUCAGGGGACAUGUUUGCUUACCUCUCAGGUGCUCUGCUGUCCUGAGGCCUGGCCGUGCCCGUGCACGAGGAGAACCCCUGAAGUUCGCCUGGAGGAAGAAGCAUGCAGGGCUUCCCCAGAGGAAGUGUGGGCCGAGGGCUGUCCCCUGUGGACAGGCAGACGCUCCUGGUCUGCAGCUUUGUCCUGGCAGCAGCUUUGGGCCAAAUGAAUUUCACAGGUGACCAGGUUCUUCGAGUCCUGGCUAAAAAUGAGAAGCAACUUUCACUUCUUAGAGAUCUGGAGGGCCUGAAGCCUCAGAAGGUGGACUUCUGGCGUGGCCCAGCCAGGCCCAGCCUUCCUGUGGAUAUGAGGGUUCCUUUCUCUGAACUGAAGGACAUCAAAGCUUACCUGGAGUCUCAUGGCCUUGCUUACAGCAUCAUGAUAAAGGACAUCCAGGUGCUGCUGGACGAGGAGAGAGAAGCCAUGGUGAAAUCCCGCUGGCUGGAGCGCAGCACCAGUGGCUUCAGUUACUCCUCGUAUCACACCCUGGAGGAGAUAUAUACCUGGAUCGACAACUUUGUAACUGAUCAUUCAGAUAUUCUCUCAAAAAUUCAGAUUGGCCACAGCUUUGAAAAUCGGUCCAUUCUUGUUCUGAAGUUCAGCACUGGAGGUUCGCAGCGCCCAGCCAUCUGGAUCGACACUGGAAUCCACUCCCGGGAGUGGAUCACCCAUGCCACCGGCAUCUGGACUGCCAGGGAGAUUGUCAAUGAAUAUGGCAAAGACCGCAUCGUGACAGACGUACUGAAUGCCGUGGACAUCUUUAUGGAGAUUGUCUCCAACCCUGACGGGUUUGCUUAUAGCCACAGCAUGAACCGCUUGUGGCGGAAGAACAAGUGCAGCAGACCCGGAAUCUUCUGCAUUGGUGUGGAUCUUAACAGGACCUGGAAGUCAGGCUUUGGAGGAAAUGGUUCUAACAACAACCCCUGCUCAGAGACUUAUCAUGGGCCCUCCCCUCAGUCAGAGCCAGAAGUGGCUGCCAUUGUGGACUUCAUCACGUCCCACGGGAACAUCAAUGCUCUGAUCUCCAUCCACAGCUACUCUCAGAUGCUCAUGUACCCCUACGGCCACUCUCUGGAGCCUGUUUCAAACCAGGAAGAGUUGUACAGUCUUGCCAAGGAUGCAGUGCAGGCCCUGUAUGAGGUUCAUGGGAUCGAGUACAUUUAUGGCAGCAUCAGCACCACCCUCUAUGUGGCCAGUGGGAUCACUGUCGACUGGGCCUAUGACAGUGGCAUCAAGUACUCCUUCACCUUCGAGCUCCGUGACACGGGGCACUAUGGCUUCCUGCUGCCAGCCACACAGAUUAUCCCCACAGCCCAGGAGACGUGGAUGGCCAUUCGGACCAUCAUGGAGCACACGCUUAAUCACCCCUACUGACAAU